AUGCAGUUACCAAAAAUCGGGGCCAGUGACCAUUAUCUAGUCACUCCCGUCAUACCAUCUUCUCAUCUGUCAAAGUUAACUAUGUUGUGUCCCGACACUAGACCUAGUUGUAUUAGGGAUUUUGGUGGUUGGAUUACGUCAUUUGUUUGGGACGAUCUUUACGCAUUGGACUCAUGUGAGGAGAAGCUUAAGUAUUUCUACCAAAGUCUCCACGAGGCGGUCGAACGCUUCCUACCGGUUCAACUCCACUGUGUUCAUAGCUCAGAUAAGCCAUGGAUGACUGGUCAAAUUAAGGCGUUAAUAUCUAAGAGGCAGAGAUGUUUGGCCAAGCACAGAAAAGACUCUCCUCUGUUCAAAUUGUUACAUAACAAGGUCCAAAGAUUGGUCAAGUACGCCAAGAGGGUUUUUUACAAUGGAAAAGUUCAGCACCUGAGAGAGUUUAAUGCUAGUAAGUGA